AUGACACAGCCAACCAACGCCGAUAUCCGACGUAAGAACGCCAACUUUGCUGCUCGUGCACAAGCCGGUAAGAAGACGGUUCGACCGCCUAGAUCAGCUACCAAGAGGAGUGUGGGUACUUGGGUAUUGAUCGCUAUGGGCUUCUUGGUUGUGGGUGGUACCGUAGUAGAAUUGAUUAGAUUGAUAGUGUUUGGUUCUUUCUAA